AUGAGCCGGAGCUCCCGGUUCGAGCUCGUGGCGGCGUUCUGGCUGGCCCGCACGGCGGCGCUCGGGUACGGCGCCGACGAGGAAGUGUGGCUGUCCUUCAUCGUGAACGCGCGCGGCCGCCGCGAUGUGCCGCUUCUGGAGGGCUUCUACGGGAACGCGUUCGCCUACUCCGUGGCGGCGACCACGGCCGGGGAGCUGUGCGCGGGUGGGCUGGGCUACGCGCUGGAGCUGGUGAAGAAGGCCAAGUCGGCCGUGACGUACGACUACCUGUUGUCGGUGGCGGACCUGAUGGUGCUCCGGGGGCGGCCGCUGUUCACGCUGUCACGGGCGUACAUCGUGUCGGACGUGAGCCACACCGGGUUCAAGAGCGUGGACUUCGGGUGGGGCGAGGCGGUGUACGGCGGGCCGGCCAAGGGCGGCGAGGGGCUGAUCCCCGCCGUAACCAACUACUUCUCCAGGUCCAAGAACGGCAAGGGGGAAGAGGGCACCGUGGUGCCCAUCAGCCUGCCCAAGGACGCCAUGGACAAGUUCCAGCUCGAGGUCGAAGGCCUCACCGCCGAGAUCUAA